UAGUUUGAAACCGUCUCGCUUGGGGGCCGGGGGCGGCUGGUGCCCGCAGACUAACUUUGUGCAGAAUGUCAUCAGAUGAGGAGAAAAGCACAAGUCCAGUUUUGCCAAAAGACUCUGUUCGGGGCAGUUCUGUUUCUUCAGAUCUUCAGGAUGAAUAUGAAGAGCUGCUUCGUUAUGCUGUGGUGACUCCGAAGUUUGAACAGUGUGUCUCAAAGUGGUCAGAACCUGCUUCAGAACUGAGAGCAGCUGGCAGAUUUUCAAUUGUAUCAACAGAUGAUACCAUUCACCAUAAGACUCCAGUCUUAAUAUCAGUGAAGGAGCCUUCUGAGGCCAAUAUGGAACGACUUUGCCCUGUUCUUUCAGAAGAGACUUCUUCACAAGGGUCCACACGUGGUCCAAGAGAAAUCAACGAAACCGUAGUGACUGAAUUAACUUUACCCGAUGAAAAAGUAACUCAAAUAGAAAACAUACUUGAUCUCUGGAGUGGAAGUCUUAAGACAAAUGUUCUGACUGAAUUGAGAAAAUGGAAGCUUAGUUUGAUUGAACAUCACAAGCUUCAAAUGAGACAAGAAAAAGAGAAACACGCUGCACAUGUGAGACAAUUGAGCAAUGAGAUGGAAAACCUGAAGGAGUUGCUACGUACUUACGAAAUCUCUAUUGGCAGGAAAGAUGAGGUGAUUACUAACUUGACCCAAGCAUUAGAGAGGCAAAAGGAGAGAAUAGAGUUGAUGAGAAAGUUUACACUGUGGCGGAUUCAGCAUGUUAAAGCCAAACAAGAGGAAUAUGCAAAUAGAAUAGCAGACAGACAAUUCCGGACAGCUUUGAUGAAGAAGGUAUGGGCAGCAUGGCGCUCUCUUAGUGAAGAAAAAUGGAAAGAAAAAGUAGCAAAAGCCUGUCAGUUAAGGGCAGAAGAUGUCUGUGCUCAGCUCACCAAUGACUAUGAAGCCAAAAUUGCAGAGCUAACUGCUGCUUUGGAACAGACAAAAGCUGAGAUUCUGCGAUUGCACAGUGAAAGAGAACAGUAUGAAGACACCAUGAAGAAAGCCUUUAUGCGUGGUGUAUGUGCUUUGAAUCUGGAAGCAAUGACCAUGUUUCAGGGCAAGGACAGUAGGACAGAUCCUGAUGUAGGAAGUAAGAGAAAUGAUAAUGGUACCAUUGUUGCAGGAAGGCUACCUCCUUCACAAUAUAAUCCGCCUUCACCACCACCUCCACCAGCAACUACUCUUCAGCUGGAAGACAUGUUUUCUACCCACCUGGGUCACGCAAGCACUUCUCAGACCAGGCUAGAUUCUGAUUCUCCAGUAAUUGUCACUAGUGCAGCUGCAGGAUCUGGUGUGGUGUCAACUCAAAAACUGCCCAUGGGGAAAGUAAUAACAUCUGCUCAACAGAAAGCAGGAAGAACAAUCACUGCUCGAAUCACAGGCCGAGCUGAUAUGGGACAAAAAGCCAGAAUUUGUGGUAGUUUAGCAGUGAUGGGAGUUGCUCCACCCAUGAGUUCAGUCAUUGUUGAAAAACAUCAUCCAGUCACUCAGCAAACCAUAUCCCAAGCCACUGCUGCUAAAUAUCCUCGAACUGUGCUCCAUUCUUCUGGUUCUACCACUGUGAGACCUGCAGGACAAGUUGGACGAAUGCUUCAGGGCCAAACUCAUACCAGUGUUCAGUCAAUAAAAGUUGUUGACUGAGUGAGUAUCUUUCUCACCGGUGGGGGUUUUUAUCAAGGUACAAUUUAAACCUCUUCCCAGUCUUUUCAGAUUUGAUGUAGCAAGGCCUAAAGUAUGUAUCAUGUUUUUACCCUUUUCUAAAAAAAAUAUUUUUAAAGUAAAAGUGCUUUUAUAGUAAACAUCUGGAGGGGGAAAAAAAAGAACUUGAAAUGUUGUUCUACCUCCAAACUAUUUGAGAACUUAUUUUAUUAAGAUAAACACUUUUUAUUUAAGGAAUCUUUUGCACACUUUUAAAUAAAGGAUAGA